UUUUGCCUGAAACUAGCCAUAUUCUUCCACUCUUCUGAUAUUUGUACAGAUAGUGGCUGCACCUGUUCAUGGUCUCACUCUCCAUUCACGCUAACGGCAACUACUAGAACAACUACACAAUGGUGUUCAACUGUACAAUGAUAGAUGUCAUGCUAGAGAGAUACUAUCUGUCACCAUUUUAUGCGAUUGAGUUCUGCAUUGGUUUCCCUGGCAACCUUUUGGUUGUACUUGGUUACAUAUUUUGUUUACCAAACUGGCAGAGCUGCAAUAUUUACCUCUUCAGCCUGGCAGUGUCCGACCUUAUUUUCCUCUGUACAUUGCCACGCCUCUCCUACCUCUAUGCAAAUGACCAAUCGGAAACCAAUCCUUUUGCUUGUGUUAUCAACCGCUACGUCCUGCAUGUCAAUCUUUACUCCUCCAUCCUCUUUAUGGUUUGGCUUUGCAUGGAUCGCUUCCUGCUAAUUAAACAUCCAACACGGAACAACUACCUGCUGAAGAAACGGACAGCCCUGAUUGUGACAGGGCUAAGCUGGCUAGCUGUCAAUAUGGAAGUUGCUCCAAUGAUAGUACUGAUGGUUCAAGACUUAAAGAGUGGAAACUGGAGUCUCUGCAAGGAUUUUGCCAGCCUAAAAGGAGAUGUUGAUGUAUUAGGUUACAGCCUGGGGCUAACCUUGACUGGUUACAUUGUUCCUCUGUUUGCACUUUGUAGUUUCUCUUACAAAAUUGCACAUCUGCUCCAUGCCCAAGAAAGGGCUCUACAGCGCAGGACAACAUCAUACAGGCGGCCUCUCAGAGUUGUUGCGUCAGCCGCAGCCAUAUUUCUGGUUCUCUACACUCCCUACCAUGUGAUGAGAAAUAUCACAAUAGCAUCUCGGCAUGCCUCGGCAGGACUUAAUCAAUGUACAAAGAUGUACAUACAGGGCAUGUACAUCUUGACUCGACCCUUGGCUUUCAUGCACAGUGUCAUCAACCCUGUCUUCUAUUUCUUCAUGGGUGACAAGUUCAGAGAGCUCCUGUUCACUAAGCUCAGAAAGCUGGUCAGAAAGACAGAGCAGCAAAGACAACCAGCCUGACACAAUUCAACACAACAUCCCUGCAUAUGCCUACACGAAAAGAGACACACAUCAACAUAGUACAUCCACACAUUUAUAUCAGUGCUGCCCUUACAUAAUGUAUUUUGUUAAACGUUUUGUUGAUAUGCUUUCCCUUACUUUGGUGUUUUUAAUUUUUUAAUAUAUUAAUUGAUAUAAUGUUCAGCCUAUAUGUUAUUUUCAAACUGUCUGGUAUUUUUAAGACUGUAUGAGAUCUUUGUUCUUGUAUGUACAUAUUUAUCAUGCCUGUUAUUAAUGUGGAAACUUUAUUGCAGUGACCACACAUUUCAUUGCUUAUUAUCUGGAAACAAAACAUAUCAACAUAACCAUAAAGAGGAACUGAGGCAAAGUUACAUUUCAUGUUGACAAAGUAAACUAACUAGUAAAAUAACUUGAUACAUUUAGAGGCUAUUUUUAUAUUAAUGCUCUGUUUAAGUAUAUACCUGUAUCUUCACUUAGGUUGCUGUUUUUAUUUGUAUUUGUUGA